GUUUCACUUCCGGCGGGACUGGCCCUACUCAACUGCUUCCUCGGAGUUGUCUUUUUCUGCAAAUUUUUGUCCAAAUGCUCUCGCCAGACAGUCGCGCCAACCUGCCCAACUAGCACAACCGGCCCAACAAGCCUAACAGACCCAAAGCAAACUGACCAAAUUCUUCCUCCCAUUCAACUAUACUCGAUCAAUUUGCAUCCCAACUCGACCAUGGCGCUAGCAACAGCCCCGUUGCCCAGCCACCUCGAGUCCCCACCACCCUACAAUGCAAAUUUGUCCAACCAACAAGGGCUGAGUGAAUUGCGAGCUUCCGAGGAAAGGUUCUGA